AUGCCAGGGUCAGUUGAACUGAGGAUUGUCCUGUUGGGAAAGACAGGAGCGGGGAAGAGCAGCACAGGCAACACCAUUCUGGGAGAGAACAAGUUCAAGACUUCGUGUCGUGCAGAAUCUGAUACGUCUACAUGUGAGGCUAAAACAGCGACUGUUGAUGGGAGGAAAAUCACUGUGAUCGACACACCAGGGUUGUGUUCAACUGACUGCACUGAUGAAGCACUAAAACCUAAAAUAGUCAAGUGCAUCACAAAGUGUGCUCCUGGACCUCACGCCUUUGUCAUAGUGUUGUCUGUGGGGAGGCAGACAGCAGAGGAGAAUAAAGCAGUAGAUGAUAUUCUGAAAAUUUUUGGGGAGAAGGCUCUGAAGCACGCUGUUGUCCUGUUUACCAACGGAGACCAGCUUGACAACGACGUGACCAUCCAGCAGUUUGUGGAUGAAAAUGACCGUCUGAAAAAAAUUGUCCAAAAGUGUGGAAACCGGUUUCAUGUCAUCGAUAACAAAUACUGGAAUAACCACACUGAAGGCGACGGUGAAGUCAGAAGCAACGCCGUUCAAAUCAAAGAGCUGCUGAACACGAUUGAUCAGAUGGUGGAACGGAACGGAGGGAAGUGCUACACCAACGAGAUGCUCCAAGCUGUGGAACAAGCCAUAAAAGAGGAAAUGGCAAACGGAGAAACAAGAGAAGAGGCCACACAGAGCAUAUGGCAACGGUUGUUAAACCUGCUAGUAGGCGCAACAGUAGGGGCUCUGUGUGGUGCAUUGCUGGGUCUUGUAAGACAUGUAGCUCAUAUUCUGCAACUUAUUACAGCACAAAAAAUUGAACAACCUUUCACUGUAGCAACCAACAUGCUGACCCAAGCAGCAGUAGAAGCAAGAGUAGAAACCACAGUACAGGCUGUAACAGCAUCAAUGGUAGCGGUGGGACCGGUAGGUGUAGCUGGAGCAGCAGCCCUUUUUGGUGUGGUUGUGGGGUUGGCAAUUAGGGCAUGAGCUGCGAUGGAAGCGGAGACCAUGAGUGAAGCCACCAAGAGAGCGGCAGCUGCUGUUAAAGACAGAGCAGGAGCUACAGCAAAAUCUAUUUGGAAAUAAAAUAGCCGAUGCAAAAAAGCUCACAUAAAUUGACCAAUUCUUAUUUCAAAUUUUGCAGUACUGUUUAUUACAGGAAAUGGCCAGGAUUCAAUCAACAUUUGUUCUUAACUAACUGUUUAAAAAUUAAAGCAUGAAUCACCCCCUCGCCCGUUCACAAACACACUUUCUCCAGCUCAGCUAAAACUAGCUAAAUGUCAAUUAUGUAUCAACAUCGCUGAGAUUUCUUUCUUAAAAUGAAAGCCGUGUACUAGGGGUGUCCAGAGACACAAUACUAUGAGUUUCUGUUCAACCAACAAAAUUAACUGUAUGCGUGUAAUCUUUCACAUGAUUGUGCUCCUUGAUAUGGUCUAAUUGUAUUUGAUUCUCUAAAAGCCUAUUUUCUUUUGCUGAACUAAAAGAAUAAAUAAGACAUAAUUUAAAUGGUGAUUAAAAUUAUAAGGUUGUCUGUGUAUUGUGAUUUUCGGAAAUUCUGUGG